GAACGAACUGGAACCAUGCGUAUCGAGCUCCAAUUUUAGGCUUUUAUCGGGAUUCUUGAAAACAUUAUGGCUAAAGAAUCAACGAAGAAGAAUAACGAAGGAUCAGGAAAACACUGUGUCGUCGUUGGCUGCAAAAAUACAAGCAAAAAGCUGAGAAAAUGGAAGCUUGCAACAUGCGAAUUGCAUGCACCAGAAACGCACGAAUAUUGUGUGUGUUUACAGCCGUACAAAAUGCAUCGUUUCCCCAACUGUUCCAACGCCAAUUCCGCAGCCAAUCGAAAGCAGUGGGUGAGGAAUAUCAACCGAAAGGACUUCAGACCUUCAAAAUACAGCACUGUAUGUUCUGUCCAUUUUGAAGAAGGGAAGCCAACAUCAGCUCACCCUUACCCAACUGUGGCCAUGGGAUAUAUCCCCUAUAAACAGCUCUCAAGAGGAAGACCUCCCCCUAGGAGAAGAGUUUCCACAGCAACAAAAGCAGUGACAGUGCAAGAAAAGGCUGGAGGGGUUGCAAAUAUGAGUCCGCAUGGUGUUGAGAGAACAUCUACAUGUGUACAAACAGCAGGAUUAGAGACGAAGGAUGCAUCAGUACAGUGGUAUGAUGCCAGAGUAGCUGACCAUACUUAUGCACAUGUUAAUCCUAUCACUAAAUCCAAGGCAAAAGGUACGCAAACAGUCAAGGCUCCAGAAGUAUCAGCAGUUAAUCUUCAAGAAUCUGAUAUGAAGUUUUACACCGGACUUAGCGUGCGAUCAUUCUGGGCGCUUGUGAAUGCGCUUGUAGUGACUCUUACUACCACCCCUAAAUUUCAACUACCAGUGCCAGACCAACUUUUGCUUGUUUUGAUGAGAUUAAGAAUAGCCCUGAUGAUCUGGGAUCUUGGAGUACGCUUCAAAGUGUCUCGUUCCACAGUCUGUGACAUUAUCUCCUUCUGGGUACCACGUUUGGCUACAUUCAUGAGAGAAAAUGUCAUAUUUUGGCCAUCACGUGACACGCUUGCCAGGAUACGUCCCAAAUGUUUCGAGUCUUGUCAUCCUAAGGCUACUUGCAUCAUAGACUGCACUGAAAUCUUUGUUCAGAGACCCAAGAACUUGAGAAAACGUGCCCAAACUUAUUCUAACUACAAACAUCACAAUACCUACAAGGCCUUGUACUGCAUUGCACCAAAUGGUUUGGUGACAUAUGUUUCCAAAUUAUUUGGAGGUCGUGCCAGUGACACUUUCAUCUCUCGGAACUCUGGCUUUUUGGACCACUUGCUCCCCGGUGACGAGGUUCUAGCUGACCGUGCCUUCACUAUCGAAGAUAUUCUUCCACACGGUGUGAAGUUAUCUAUCCCAGCCUUCACAAGAGGACUCAAGGACAGGCGUCUACCAGAGGAAAGUGUGACAGAAACACGACGUAUUGCCAACGUAAGAAUUCAUGUUGAAAGGGCAAUCAGACGAUUGAAAUGUUUCAAAAUUUUAGCCAAUAUCAUUCCGAUGCGUGUAAAAAAUGUAGAUGACAUAUUGAUUACAUGUGCUGGACUUUGCAAUUUACAGCCUUGCCUAAUUAAUGACGACAGAGCCCAGGAAACAAGUGAUAGUGAUUCUAAUGACGAGGAGGGAAACGUUUUUUCAGUGGAGGAAUAA